UGGUGUUGAUGGAUGUGAUUAAGGUGGCCGGGGCUGGUAAACACAGGCGCACUUGCCGCCUCGCCCGCCAGAGGGACCAGUCUCGCCGCCGCCAACGUGCACCUUCGCCGCCUCCACACACAUAUACGCCUAGUAUCUCCCUCUCCUUCGUGUGUAGACUUAACAAAAAAUGGCUGAAGAUGAAAAUGUGGGAAUUGAACCUGUGCCAGAGGAAGAGGAACCCACCAACUAUAAACCUCCGCCAGAGAAGACGCUGGAGGAGAUGCUCAGCAAGGAUGCACAUGAUGAGAGUCUCCGCAAAUACAAGGAGACAUUGCUUGGCAGUUCAGCAGCCGGGGCAACAGUUAUUGAACCACAUAACGAAAAUCGUGUGUUGGUUAGAAAGUUAACGCUGUUGGCAGAAGGUCGUCCUGACAUGGAGCUUGACCUUACUGGGGAUCUUGAGAAACUUAAAGACACAGUCUUCGUUAUAAAGGAGGGUAUAAGCUACAAGAUUCGCAUAGACUUUCACGUUCAACGUGAGAUUGUGACAGGUUUGAAGUACAUCCAGCGAACCUUUAGGAAGGGCAUCCUAGUUGACAAGAUGACACACAUGGUCGGCUCUUACGCACCAAAGGAGGAAAUUCAGUCAUACACAACACCUAUGGAAGAUGCCCCAUCAGGACUAAUUGCCCGUGGACACUACACAGUUAAGUCGCUCUUCACUGAUGAUGAUGGCAAUGAACAUCUCAAGUGGAAAUGGGCUUUUAACAUCAAGGAAAAUUGGAACUGAAAACAUGCCUGAAAUAUAGAGGCACAUCAGUACAGAAUUUAUGAGGGCUGUUUAUGUUUGUAGAGUAGCAAGUGAGGUUCAGUCAGGGAAUUCAAGAAGAAAAUUAGACUUUUUAUAACAAAGGUACAGUAGUGUCAGGCAUAGUACACGAGCAUAGGAAGAGAGAUGACUUUCAAACUCAUUCAUUGACUGAUAUGGUGCUUCAAUUGCCUGUGCUUAUAAAUUAUUAGCUGUUUGUUAAUUUGGCCAAUUUUGACAAAUGGAGUGUGUUGGUAUAGUGUGUUUAGUUAUCUUUGUAGCAUAUCUACAGAUCAAUACGUAAAUGCUGAGGCAUUCACACAAUAGGGUGUUAACUUUUAAGUUCUUCAUUGGUUGUUUUGCAUAUUCAUUAUAUAAUUGUCAGUUGUAGGCCUGCUGGGCAACUCAGUGCCUAAUGACUUGCUUUAUGUUCCAGCAGAUGAUGCACAUUUACAUUACUUACGUACCUAGUAGGCAGUUUUUCUGCUGCGUUAGAAUUACAAGUCCAACUUCUUUGGUUUUGUAUGAUUUUCCAAUGAUUCAACUGUGCCCCUAUGAUGGUUUGUUGCCCAUAACCUUACUGUGAGGCUGCCAUGCUGCAGGUGAUUAUUGGUGGAUGAAGUGCACAAUUUUUGUGACCAUUAUUAGAGCUUCAAUUUGUGUCCAAUGUAACAAUUUAGACCACUGUGUUCCCAGCCCCUAUGUUCAGAAAUAUUUUGCGUAUUAUUUUGACCAUUAGCUUAGCAUACGAUAGCAUUCCUUACUGCUGCGAUGUCUUCAGGUUGUAAUUUCUUUUUAUUUGAAUGUAUACUAGUAAUCUAAUGUAAAAAUAUUAUUAAUAUUAUAAAUAGUGGCCUCCAUUUGUGUCCUUGUGCCCAGGCAUAUUGAAACCCAGGUGAGUGUUUAUAAUGACUUGCAACACAACUAUAUCAUUAGUGAUUGCUAAUGAGAAAAGCUGCCUUUUUUCAAUUCUGUAAACCAGAGUAUAAACUCUUGAGUGUUGUUCCCUUCAGUAACAGAUAAAAAGUGUGUUUAUGGUAAUCUUGGUUUACUUGCCAUGAGGAAGCUGUGCCAUUGAUAUAGUAUGUAAGGAGACUGAAAGCAAUCAGUGCACAAAUAUAGAAGUACGAGUUAAUGUGUGCAAAGCUAGUACAGUAGUAUUGUGGAAACAGCAUACAUCUUCCAUUGUGUGAUGUUAAUGAAGUUUGCCUAGUCAUUAUAACAGUGUGAAUGGUGAACAGGAAUUAUUUUAUAUAGACACUUUAAAAAGCAUUGUUAACAUCUGAUAAUGCCAUCUCUUGCUAUUGCAGGUAGGCUGUGUGUACUUAAGGUAGCCAUGGUAAUCCAAAUAUAUCGUGGAAUAAAUUAGAUAAAGCCACUGUGAUGAAAAUUGUUGUUUUAAAAAUUUUAUUUAAAAAUGUUAAAUAAUGCAUGCAGCAGGAUAUUGCCAGUUCAUUAUUUGUGGUAAUGGAAUGAUAGAAAGUUGUAUUGAGCAUUAUACAGUGGAAGCAGUAGGCUAGGAUGUCAGCAAUGUACUAAUUUGGGGUGAAAUGGAGCGUUUUAAUUUGUCAGCGUACACUUGUGUGAACCAUGGUGUACACAAGGUCAAGACUUGUCUACAUAAGACUUUCACAGCAGAUUUGAAGUCGAACAAUAAUUCCUGAUUCUGUGAUAAACUUUGGGUACGAACUUUCUUACUUGCUUUUCCACUUUUUUAAUGGCAACAGCUUGGGAUGAGUGUUUAGCCUGGUGAAGUUAGUGCUUUUUUGUUAGUUGUGUGUAUAUUUAGGUUUUCAUGUAUAAUAUUUGGUUCUCAAUUUGAUCAUUCUAAACAAAAAAAAAAAGAUUAUUUCUUCCCUCCUGAAUUUGGAAUUCUAUAUGUAGUUGUCAUGUUCACUUGCUAUAAGAAUAUAAUCUAUCAAAACCAUUCAUAAUAAACUUUAACUUGCUAUAAUUUAAUUCUAAAGUUUUUUGUAUAGUAAUUUUAAAGCCUAAAAAAGUGAGAAUGUAAAAUAUUGAUAGGCUUCUAUUAUUCCUUGCGAUUGAUUAGUGUUAAGAGUAUUCACCACACUGGAAUAGGCUUCACAACUCAAUUUAUAUGCUAUUUAUUUAGUGUGUUUUUUAUAAUACCAAUUGCAUUCUUAACAAAAAAUAAGUUUUGCAUUUAUAAUAAUUGUGUGUCUUUCAGUGCUCUUUUUGUUUUCCAAGAAAGCCUUGCUGUAGGAAUACUUAGACAUCUCAUCAAAGAACAACAUUGCCUUGAUUUCCAAAGUUUAGUGUAUUGUAAGAAUUUUUGUUAAAAAUAUAUUUCGUAAAAUUAUUAUUCUCAGCUUCAAAGCCACUUGAAACAUUGCCAUGAAAAAUCUGAGGGUAAUUGAUAUAACUAAAACUAGGAGUAAAGAAACAAAUUGGGCAUUGAUUUAUAAAUUUUAAUCUAGUAUUUUCAGUGGUCAAAUAAGUACUGUACAAGUUGGAUGCCGUUAGUUUUAAUUGACCGAGUCCUAGAUGAUACUUGUGUAAAGUGUUCAUAAACUUGUGGUUAUUGUUGGCAGUCAUCAUGAUGGUUAUUACAAGAGAACCACUAUUUAAAUGCCACUACUCAAAUAAGCUAGAAACAUGUUAUGGGGCAAUAAACAUUUAUAAUUUGUA